AUGCUCUACUCAGUGCCGUGGCGAGAGAAAAAAGCAGGAGGGCUGGCCGUACCGAAAAUAUCCGUUUUAUUUGAUUUUCGAUAUAAUUUAUUUAUUCUUGAAUAUAACAGGUGCUUAAACACCGAGAAAAAGUUUUUAAACUUCAUACCGGAUUUUGCUACUAUUCGUGAACCGCCGUGCGGUGUGAAUCUUGGUACAAUUGAACCAAUUAAUUAUCCAGCCAACUAUAUGAUUGACACACGGUCUUCAGUUAACAAUAUGGAAAUCAACGUCACUCGUAAAGAAACACACUAUAUAUGUCAAGCACCUCGAAUAGUUGAUAUAACACGAUUCAUUUAUACGACACCAUUCGUUAUUAUCAAUGUUGAAAAUAGUCCAUCAUUAAUGACAAAUUUGCCAGACCCUUUAAAUAUUGGUGAAUAUGAGUAAGUUGCCUCAACUUUUCUGAAAAACAAAGUUCAUUCACUUUCCGUUCCGGGUACUGUCUUUCUGCUGAUAUUAGAAACACAGUGCUCAUUUUAUUGCAAUUAUUAAAUCAAAUAAUAAUGAUUAUUAUUGCGUUGAUGAUCUAGAUUCACGAGGCUGCUUUCGUCAUGAUGGCCUUCUAUAAAUACACUUCGCUCUUUACGUUGUAAAACUGUAGACAGUAAUUGUUUCAUUACUAUUAAUAUCGCUUAAUACUUCUUUCUCUCUUCGUUAAUAAUAUAAUAAUAUUUAUUUUUGAAAACUUUUUCUUGUUUCUUCAUCUAUAUAUACUAAUGAAAAACUUUUUUGAAGCUUAAAACAUGUCACGACGUCUAAUUAUACUUCCUACUUAUCUGAAUGAAUUUUUUUGGUAUCGAAUAUCAGCAAGGAUUACUUGCUAAAAUCGCCUGAAACCCAAGUAUUUAAGCCCAAACAAUUAAGAAAAGUUUUUGUCUUGUAUGAACAGCUGUUCUUUUCUUUUACAUAUGUAUAACUUGUGUUUAAUUAUCAAUUACUCUUGAUAUUACUGUGUUAAUAUAAUUAGUUUGUUGGUUCUUAUCUAUUUAUACGUUGCAAAGAAUGAGACGAAUAUUAACAUCUUUAUUCGACUUGAUUCAAAUCGACCGACGUUUUGAACACCUUCCAUUUAAUUUGGUUUCGAUCUCUAAUGUGUACAACACACUAACUGACUAACAUGAUGUGCCUGAACUGCAGUAAGAAUGAAAUUCCUGAUGAACAGAGUGAUAAUAGAUAGACUGUAAGGUAUUUUCCAAUCCUUUUUUUGCUGCUUUCUUCUUUUGUACUACUUAUUAACAAUCUUGAAAUAUUUGUAAAAAAUAGGAAACUUGAGGUUUACAACGCAUUCUGUAAUACAAACUAAACAUUUUCGGGACAUUAAUUUUUUUCAAAUUGUUCCGAAUCUCGUUUGUCCCGUCGCGAAUUUUUUCGUCCCGAUUUGUCCCGUCCCGAAAAAAUUACGGGACAGUCCCGUUUGUCCCGUUUGUCCCAUGGGACGGGACAAACGGGAGUUUUCGGGAUUCGGAACUAUUUACUGUCGGAUAAUCAAUGUCGUAUAUGUUUUUUUGUAGGGAAUAUAUUUUAGAGAUUGCAGUGAAAAUCUUCUUUUUUUCUCUCCAAUGCCUGUUUUUUUUUCGUUCCAUUUUUUGAUUGUUUUUUACAGAUGUUAUCGAAAAGACUUCACCUUACGUCUCCUUACGACAAUCAUGACAUAUUACAUUCACAGGAAAUAAACGAAUCAAUCUUAAAUCAUUUAUUUCUUUUUCAUGGACUAUCAUCUUCAGCAUAUGCUGAUUAUUUAAUUCAAUCCAACCAUGAAAAUGAAUACAAAAUACUUGAAUGUAUGAAUGAAUACUUUCAAUCUUUAGAUACAAAUAAUGAACUACCAAUUUUAUCAAUCAUUAAAACAUGUACUGAAC